AUGAUCGAUCGAAAACGAUCAGAAAAUUUGCCGCCAGGUCCGCGAGGGUUACCAAUAAUCGGAAAUAUGUUGGACGUUAAAUCUUUACUGAAGAAAAUACAAUUUCACGUACGUGUUUGGUGUUAUUUGGCUGAAAUUUACGGACCGGUGGUACAUUUAAAACUUAUAUUCGGUCAAUCACUUAUAAUUGUUUCGGGAAGGAACGCUAUUGUCGAAAUGUUAAGUCGAAAUGAAUUCGAUGGCAGACCAAAUAACUUUGAAAUACGAUUAAGAACACGUGGCGAACGCAGAGGAUUGAUAUUUAACGAUGGAGACGUAUGGUCGGAACAUAGACGAUUCACAGUAAAAACUUUGAAACAUCUUGGCUUUGAUAAAACAAACAUGGAAGAUAUGAUACUGGAUGAUACUGUAUCGUUGUUAAAAAUGAUCGAAAAAUUGGCAGAUAAAAAAGGCCCAAUUACAGAAAUAUAUGAUCUCGUUUCUAUCGCUGUUAUUGCAAGUUUUUGGUUUCUAAUUACAGGAUCGAAUUGUACGUUCUUCGUCAGAUUUCAAUUGGAUCAAGAAAAUCCGAAAUUGAAGGAGGUUAUCGCGUUAAUGAAAGAAAAUGUAAAAGGUUACAACACGGCCGGUCGUAUAAUAAAUUAUUUACCUUUUCUCAGAUAUAUUUUCCCAAAUCUAACAGGAUAUACGCAAAUCCAAGAACGCCAUAAUCGAAUGUGGCUAUACUUCAAAAAAAUGAUAAGGAUACACGAUGAGACUAAAAUACAAAAUGAACCGACGAACCUAAUCGAUAUUUAUUUAAAUGAAAUGAAAAUGCGGUGCACGAAUUUAUCUUCACCUUCAUGCUUCAAUGAUGAAAACUUGAUCGCACUAAUCAGAGAUCUUUUCGUUGCUUCGAUUGAAACAACCACCAAUACCAUAGGUUUCGUGAUAGCAUUUCUAUCGGUAAAACAAGAUAUACAAAAAAAGAUACACGACGAAUUGGACGAUGUUCUUGGGAAAGAUAUUUUACCACGUCUGGCAAAUAGAAAUCGACUACCAUAUUUACAAGCAACUCUUGCGGAAGUUGCAAGAAUGGGAAACGUAGGACCGACUUCGGUACCUCAUCGUGCUAUAAACGAUGCAACUCUACUAGGAUACAAUAUAAAAAAGGAUUCAAUUAUGUUAGCAAAUUUUAUGAGCGUUCAUAUGGAUGAAAAUCACUGGGGUGAUCCUAAUGUGUUUAGACCUGAAAGAUUUAUCAAUGAAAAUGGAGAAUAUUGUGACGAUCCUUGGAUAAUGACAUUUGGAUUAGGUAUUCGUAUAUAUUACGCGAUUAUUAUUUUUAUAAAUGUAUCACCUUAUUAUACUUUCAUUUUUUUUGUAUAUCUACUAAUAAUAAUUUUCUCUUUUUGUUGUACAGGUCGCAGAAGAUGUCCAGGUGAGAUUCUUGCGAAAAAUAUACUCUUCUUGGUAACCGCUUGCAUGCUGCAAAAAUUUUACUUUGCCAUAGCUCCAGGAUAUCCCGAACCUAAUUUAUUAGGUAUCGAUGGUUUUACCAUCUCACCCCCGCCGAUAAAUCUCGUCAUUAAAAAACGAAUAUAAUAAUCGUGAAAGACUAAUAAAAAAUAAAGAACCUCAAUAUAUUUAAUUACGUAAGACCAAUUAUAAACGUCAAGCAAACAACAAAAUACUAUAUUAUUAUAUUACAUAUUAUAAAUAAAAAGACUGAUACACACGUAACGUGCCAUCACAUAAACGUUUAUCAUUUGAAAUAUUGUUAUUUACUUCGAUCUGCGAGGGUCAGUCAUUUUCUUACAAUCAAUCCAUGUUAAAAGAUGAACGCAUAUUUUCAACAAAAAAAAAAAAUGUUUUUAAAAGAAAAACGAUCGAACAAUGAAAUUUACCUUUAUUAUUUUUCUUUUCUUUUAAAUACAAGAAUCUUUUCAGAUCUCAUUUUGACAGUCUAUUUACAAUCGAUAGGCAAGUAGUAGUAAUAGUAAUAGUAAGUUCUUGUAUUUACAGGAAAUAUUCGCCGUUAAUGAAAAAAAAAAAAAAAAACAAAUUACGGCCAGAAUUUUCGCAUUUCCCUCAAUUAUAAUCAGCGAUACUUGUUUCUAC